UCCGCAGUCAAACGUGCUGAUUUGAUGAACCGCAAACGAAUCUCAAGCGAACACACCGAACUCGGGCUUCAGUGGAGCAAGUGACGACUGUCGGCAGGUGAACGAGCGUCGGAACGGUCAAGACGUUCGAUCCUGUGGAAUAUAUCCGGUUUAUUCUGGUUUGAAUUGACUCGCGCGCGUGAGCGGUAACCGGUUUUAUUCGCACAUGUGGCCCAUUUGACCCGGUCUUAGUUUUUUUCAUUAGAUAUCCAUAUUUAUAAAAUCCGAGUCUAAAUAACCAACUUUUUUCAGUACAUAUUUACCAUUUUUUCGCCACUGAAUUAUAAAAUUUGUAAGAAAGUAACUGGAAAUUACACGUUACAAUUCACCGCUACCUCAAUCCAUCGUAAUCCACUCAUAUCCGCUGAAAUAUAUUUUAAUCUCCAGUGUUAACCUCAGAAAUCUUACUGUAGUUGGUUUCCGAAACAUCGCAAAAGAACGUACGAGCAUUCGUACAUCGUAACAUUCGCACACGUCCCAGACUCACGUUACUGUUUCCAUGGCGAUGAGUCGGCCCACGUCCACGCCGCCGCACACCAUCGGCUGAGUGUCGACAGGUCAUCGUCGCUGGACCCCCGACACCGGCGUGAUGUCGGACCCCCAGCAACCAGCGGCGCGGGAAGCCAUGGCGCCGUCCGUGCGCUUCACCGUCACUCCCAUCAAAGCCGAAGACCUCCCGGGCGUUUCGGACACGUCCCCAGACGUCAGCUCGCGUUCCAGCGGAAGGGUUUGCUUCGGCUCCAGGGAGAGCGUGAACCGGAGCGAGCCGCACAGCGAAAUGUCCGGUGGGAACGCGACAUCAGCGGGGGCCGAUACGCCGGACCGCUGUAACGUGGAUCAAGGUGAUGAUGGUGUGAAGCUGUCCAGUGUGUACAGUAAUCACUCGCAUGCGGUUGAGGACGAUGAUUUCUACGACAGGAAUCUGGCCCUGUUUGAGGAAGAGAUGGACACUCGUCCUAAAGUGUCGUCUCUGCUCAAUCGUCUGGCGAACUACACCAACCUCACACAGGGCGCUAAAGAACACGAGGAGGCGGAGAGUAUCGGAGAGAAACACAAACCCAGAAAGUCUCCUCAGAUGGGCACGUUUAUGGGUGUGUAUCUGCCGUGUCUCCAGAACAUCUUUGGAGUGAUUCUGUUCCUCAGACUCACAUGGGUCGUCGGUACCGCUGGAGUCCUGCAGGCGCUGUGUAUCGUCUUUACAUGCUGCUGCUGUACCAUGCUGACUGCCAUAUCUAUGAGUGCCAUCGCUACUAAUGGAGUCGUGCCAGCGGGCGGGUCGUACUUUAUGAUCUCCCGUUCUCUGGGUCCGGAGUUUGGGGGGGCCGUGGGCUCGUGUUUCUAUUUGGGUACGACCUUCGCUGGGUCCAUGUACAUCCUCGGUGCUAUCGAGAUUUUACUGAUGUACAUCGCUCCCGGGGCCGCCAUCUUUGUUUCGGACAAUCCAGAUGGCGAGGCGGCGGCCAUGCUGAAUAACAUGCGUGUUUACGGCUCCAUCUUCUUACUGCUGAUGUCUCUGCUGGUGUUUGUGGGAGUCAAAUACGUCAACAAGCUAGCGUCUGUUUUUCUGGCCUGUGUGAUUAUUUCCAUUCUCUCAAUCUACACCGGAGCGCUAGUAUCCGCCUUCAGCCCGCCCUCGUUCCCUGUUUGCAUGUUGGGGAACCGAAGUAUCUCACAGCAUGGGCUUAACAACACCCAGUGUGCUAAAACCGUCCGCUAUCCCAAGACACAGGAGGCUGUUAACAUCACCUUCAUUGAGAGUUUCAACGCCACAGAGGCUCCGUCCGUUACGUCUGCCAUGGUGGAGAACACGACGGCUCUGUGGUGGCACUUCUGUAACAGCUCGGAGUUAAACGCCGUUUGCGAUGAUUAUUUCAUCCACAAUAACGUCACACAGAUACAGGGAAUACCUGGACUGGCUAGUGGUGUGAUCGCAGAGAACAUCUGGAGUUCUUACUCUAGUAAAGGAGAUGUUUUGGAGCGCGGCUCUCAUGCCUCCACCCACAGGCCGGCUGUGUCCAAUCACUAUCCAUACGUAUUUGCUGACAUCACCACUUCCUUCACACUAUUGAUCGGGAUAUUCUUUCCCUCGGUCACGGGAAUCAUGGCCGGCUCCAACCGGUCUGGAGAUCUGAAGGACGCUCAGCGAUCGAUUCCCAUCGGAACAAUUCUCGCCAUCCUCACCACCUCCCUCGUCUACUUGAGCUGUGUGGUACUGUUUGGAGCCUGUGUGGAGGGUGUUGUGCUUCGGGACAAAUUUGGAGACUCUGUGAAAGGAAAUCUUGUCGUGGGCACCGUGUCAUGGCCCUCGCCUUGGGUGAUUGUGAUUGGCUCUUUCUUCUCGACGUGCGGCGCUGGCCUCCAAUCACUGACCGGAGCUCCUCGUCUGCUGCAGGCCAUCGCUAAAGACAACAUUAUUCCUUUCCUGAGGGUGUUUGGUCACGGUAAGGCGAAUGGAGAACCUACCUGGGCUCUGUUACUCACCGCUGUCCUCGCCGAACUGGGAAUACUCAUCGCUUCACUGGACCUGGUCGCUCCAAUACUCUCAAUGUUCUUCUUGAUGUGUUACCUGUUUGUGAAUUUGGCUUGCGCUCUUCAGACGCUGCUUAGAACGCCAAACUGGAGACCUCGCUUCUCAUACUAUCACUGGACGUUGUCUUUCCUCGGUAUGAUGAUCUGUCUAGCACUGAUGUUCAUAUCCUCAUGGUAUUAUGCUAUCGUUGCCAUGGUGAUCGCUGGAAUGAUAUACAAAUACAUUGAGUACCACGGAGCAGAGAAAGAGUGGGGUGAUGGUAUCAGGGGUUUGUCUCUCAGUGCGGCUCGAUUUGCUCUGCUCAGACUGGAGGAAGGACCACCACACACCAAAAACUGGAGGCCUCAGCUGCUGGUCCUGCUGAAACUGGAUGAAGAUGCUCAUGUGAAAUCUCCACGCUUGUUGACGUUUGCGUCUCAGCUGAAAGCAGGGAAAGGUUUGACCAUCGUGGGAACCGUUAUACCGGGAAACUUCCUUCAGGGUUAUGGCGACUCUCUCGCUGCCGAGCAGACUCUGAGGUACCUGAUGGAUAAAGAGCGCGUGAAGGGUUUCGUUCAGUGCAUCGUGGCGCAGAAGCCGCGUGAGGGCAUCAGUCACAUGAUCCAGUCCAGCGGGCUGGGCGGCAUGAAGCACAACACCGUCGUCAUGGGCUGGCCGCACGCCUGGAGACAGAGCGAAGACCCUCAGAGCUGGAAAACCUUCAUCAAUACAGUUCGGGUCACCACAACAGCUCAUUUGGCUCUGCUGGUGCCGAAAAACAUCUCUCUGUUUCCAAACAACAGCGAGCCGUGUACGGAGGGGUACAUUGACGUGUGGUGGAUCGUUCAUGACGGUGGAAUGCUAAUGCUGCUGCCCUUCCUGCUCCGACAACACAAGGUGUGGCGUAAGUGCGGCAUGCGCAUCUUCACCGUGGCUCAAAUGGAGGACAACUCGAUUCAGAUGAAGAAGGAUCUGGCCACGUUUCUUUAUCACCUGCGAAUAGAUGCCGAGGUGGAGGUUGUUGAAAUGCACAACAGUGAUAUCAGCGCGUACACGUACGAGAGGACGCUCAUGAUGGAGCAGAGAUCUCAGAUGCUUCGACAGAUGCGUCUCUCCAAGUCUGACCGUGAGAAAGAGCGCGUUCGCUGGAGUUUUGAUGAUGCGCAGCUUGUUAAAGAACGGAACUCCAUGUUGCGUCUGACGAGCAUCGGAUCAGACGAUGAUGAUGACACUGAUGGGACGAGUGCAGCUGAGAAGAGCGCUGAUAACCGACGCAUUCACAUGACCUGGACGAAAGACAAAGCGCUGCAGCUCCUAUCAAACACGCAAACGAAAACUGCGUCCUGCUGCAGCACGCCAGAAGGGUUCAGAGACAUGCUCAACAUUCGCCCAGAUCAGUCCAAUGUGCGUCGAAUGCACACAGCGGUCAAACUCAACGAGGUUAUUGUGAAUAAAUCCCAUGAUGCUCGGCUCGUGCUCCUCAACAUGCCAGGACCUCCCAAGAACACCGAUGGAGACGAGAACUAUAUGGAGUUUCUGGAAGUGCUUACUGAGGGGCUGGAGCGAGUCCUCCUGGUGAGGGGCGGAGGCAGUGAGGUCAUCACCAUUUACUCCUGAUAGCCAAUCAGCUUCUGUCGCAGGAGAGCAUUACAAAGGGAAGAAUGUCCGAUCGAUCGCUUUCUUCUUUUUAUGGUUAUCAUCGGCUGCGUCUACAAGAACCUCCACGCCAACGCAUCUUAACCGUGCGACUUUGAUUUAAAGUUGGCGGCAGUGUAACGUUCUGCCCAAAAGCAGUGUUUGAUUUGACAUAUUUGGCAUUAUGUUUGUGUCUGAAUAUUUGUGCAUGUGAAAACAGGCGUACAGCUCUUUCAGGACAUCAUCGUACAUGUGAUCAACCGGACCAAUGGUAUGAGAGCGCACACACACGCCGCGGGACGAGCCGUGUGCUCCACAGACUGACUCGGGGCUGAAGCGCUUCAUACGGGACCUGUAGUGCGUUUGGGAGGUGUGCUUGUUCAAGGGAUAGAUUCCUGUGUAGUGUGCUGCAGGCGUGUGAUUGUGAUCAUACAUGUUCUGCAUGGAGUGACAUGUUUUAAUAAAUGACAGAAUUGUAGCAAUACUGUAUUUCACAUCCAGCCAAUAAUUCAAGCAUUCAUUGCACUAAUAUUUGGAUGUACAUACACAUUUAACACUAUUAUUGUCUCCUGGGAAACACGGCAGCGUCCUGUCUGCAUCGGCAUCAUUCCUGAAAUUACUGUAUUUUCCGGCCCGGCUUUAUUUGUGGGAAUGUCUUAAUGCAAAUGUACAAGUUUUUAUCUCCUUGUUUUUUGUAUCAUUAAUUGCUUCUAUGUUGUGCAGGGAUUGUGAGUUUGUUUUGGUCACAGUUUUGUUUUAGUUUUUUGGUCUUUUUUUAAAAUCCCGAAUGAAAAAUCUGCUGUUUUUAUCACGUUAGUAAAUAAAAAGAAAAGACUUUAAUGCAUCUCUUUUAAA